AUGCAGCUCAGCCGCAGCGUGCGCCCCAAGAACACGCUGCCGCUGCUCACCUCCACCGUCAAGAUGGACGCGGACGACCCCGCAGUGCGCUGCGCAUUCAGGGUGGUGAGCCCGGAGGGCACCUACACACUGCAGGCCGAGACAGAGUUUGAGCGCGCUGACUGGAUCGCGGCGCUGCAGGCUGUCAUCAACUGCCUCCUCAACGGGGCCAUAGACAUGGACGCACUGCCGCGCGUCCCCGUGCGCCCCACCCACAGCCGCACCAGCAGCCAGGCUGACGUCGUGGCAGACUUUGCUGCACACGCCGCCGCCAGCGCGAGCGGCGGCGCAGUGGCGGCCCACGCGGGCGGCCGUGCUGGCGGCGGCGGUGGCGGCGGCACGUCGUCUGGCGGGUUCCCCCUGACACCCGCCAGCAGCCAGCCCGGCACCCCGCUUGCUGGGACCCUGCCCGGCAUCCCCAGCGGCGACGGCAGCGGCAGCGAGGGCGACGGCGGCCAUGGCGCGGCUGGCGGCGGCGACGUGCUGAGCCACCCGCGCGCGCCAUCGCGACUCGGCGCCGCCAGCCGCGUCAGCGGCGGGACGGGCGCGCACGGCGCCGCAGGUGGCGGCGGCAGCGGCGGCACUGCAUCGUCGUCGGGGCCUCUGGAGCGUCUGCGCCAGGUGGCGGGCAACCGCCGCUGCGCGGACUGCGGCGCGCAGGACCCGGACUGGGCGAGCCUCAACCUGGGCGUCCUGCUGUGCAUCGAGUGCAGCGGCGUGCACCGGCAGCUGGGGGUGCAGGUGUCCAAGGUGCGCAGCUGCACGCUGGACGUCAAGGUCUGGGAGCCGGCGGUGAUUGCGGUGUUCCAGGCGGUGGGGAACGACGCCUCAAACAAGGUCUGGGAGGCAGGCAUGCCAGCGAGCGGCGCGGCCGCAGCCACGGCGGCAGGCAGCGCGGCGGCGGGCGGCGGCGGGACCGAGGCGGCGGCGGCGCGCGCGGCGGACAGCUGGGUGUGGUGCGACGACGACUCUGGCGGGGAGGAUGAGGAGGGACGGGCGGGAGGAGGGGCGCGGGGGCCGCGCGGCAGCGCGUCGGGCCGGCGGCAGGUGAUGGUCGACGGUGACAGCCUUGCAGCCGCAGCCGCAGCCGCCUCGUCCGCCGCCGCCGCCGCGGCAGCUCCCCCCAAGCCCGCGCCCACCGCCCCGCUGUCUGACAAGGCGCGCUUCAUCCAGGACAAGUACGUGGCGCGCGCGUUUGUGACGCCGCUGCCGCGGGAGCAGGCGGCCUCGCGGCUGUGGGACGCGGUGGCGGGCCGCGACGUGCGCGCCGCGCUGGCGGCGCUGGCGGCUGGCGCCGACGUGGCGGCGGCGUACCGCACACCGCGCGCGCAGCGGCUUGUAUCUGAUGCGGCUGGGCGCGCGGCGGCGCUGGAUCGCGGCGGCAGUGGCAGUGGCGGGGGCGCCAGCAGUCACGGCACAAGCAGCAGCGGGGGCCGUGCGAGCGGCGACGGCAGUGGCAGCGGCGGAAUUGUUGCGGCGGCUGCAGCUGCAUGGGGCCGCGGCGGCGGCGGCGGCGGCGGCGGCAGCACCGCUGAAGCUCACGGUGUGUGCGGCACCGUGACCGUGCUGCACCUGGCGGCCACCCUGGGUGACGUGGCCCUGCUGGAGUUCCUCCUGCAGAACGGCGCGGCCUGCCAGCACACAGACGCGCACGGGCGCACGGCCCUGCCAAACUCGAUGCAGAGCGAGGUUUAUGCCAGGUUUAUUCUGACCUGA